AUGACAACGUCCUCGGCCUCCGCAUCCGCGGACAAAUCAAAAGUCAAAACCAUCACCAACCCCCGCCGGCUCUUGAUCCUAACACCAACAACCCAAUCCCUAACAACAAUUCCACCUCUCCUACACUCCCUCACCGGCGUCGCUAUCACCAACCCCCCACAACGAGAGAAAGAGCCUGAAUCCAAAGAAACACCCACCACACAAACGACCUCCUUCGCAGGCUACACAACCCACAGCCCUCUUCGCCUCUCAACGAAAUACUACACCGCCGAAAUCCCCCUAUGGGUUGACGAAAUCCCGCUCCUCGAGAAAACAGAAAGCUCAAAGCAAUGGCGCACGGAAUUUCUCAGCGGUGAAGCGGAGAUUGUGCGCGAAGCAGUCGGCGCAUUGGUUGUUUGCGUGCAUGCGCCGGAACUGAGCUCAAAUCCCACGGGAAACGAAUCGGAUAUCGCGGAUCGGGAGGAUGUGCGCGCUGUGCGCGAGUUGAUGGGGGAUGUCGGGGCUGUAAAGUCUGUUAUUGAUGAGGAGAGGGGAGGGAUGGGUGAUGUUCCUGGUAUUCUUGUUCUUGUUGGGGGUAAGAAGAGUGUGUCAGGUACAGCACAAGCUGCGGCUACAGUUACAGCUGCGACGACAGGCGAGGAUGAGUUGGGGUUGGGCGUCGGAGAUGAUGAGCUGGGGGAAGACACGGCACCGUUAUCGGUUGGGUGGUGGGAGGACCAGAUGUUUGAUAUGGGGUUGUUUGGAUGGGAGAUUAUUGAGUGGGACCCUGCGGAACAAGGUGGUGAAGUUACGAGGAAUAAGUUCGGAGAGUACGAGGGCAUGCCGCGUAUCAAGGAAGUUCUCGAAACUCACGACUGGACAGCUUCCGGAGAUUCAUUCGAUGCCGACGAGCUCGAUAUGGAAGACGACUUUGACGAGUUUAUGAGUGGUGGUAAAUCACACUCGCGAGGUUUCGGGGAGGAAGUCAAUGAAUUGGAGCGUGAAAUGUUUGGCCUGCGCAUGGCUAUUGAGCGUGGUGGGGAUAGACAUGACGAUAGUGAGAGUGAGAAUGAGGAGGAUCAGGUUGAGUCCAUCGAGGCGCUGAUGCUACGCAUGCAGUCCAUACGAGAGAUGAGCGCUGAUAUGCCAGAGGCUCAGAGGAAGAGAUUUGCUGCGAAGGCUGUGCAAGAUAUUAUGCGGGACUUAUGA